AUGAUAGCCGCACGCGCCCGCUGUACUCACCUGAACUUCAAAUGUCAGAAUAGGAGACUUUGAAAUGCUGCACUUUAACUCUUUUGUGAGCUGUAAUUCUAAUCGAUCGACUGAUACAUCUCUCACACCUCAACAGCACUCUUCAUUUAGGCAGCUUAACAGUCCUCUUGCUGGAGCCAAACGGAAGGUGAAUGAGGAUCAAGACACAGACAAAAUACCCUGCAAGCAAACAGCAUGGCUUGAACAGCAUGCCCAAGGAGGACAGCUAUUUUGCGAAAUCUGCAACGUAAAGCUCAAUUCGAUCAGUCAAACUUUACAGCACAGAGAGGGGAAAGCUCAUCUCAAUAAGGUUAAGAAGGCCGAGGAAUUUAAAACGGUUUGGCAGAAUUCUACCACAUAUGGCUCUAAGGACACUACUACAUGUAACCUUCAAGUGAAUCAAAAUCUUCCUCUGGUGAAACAAGCUGGAAAUGUAAAUCUACAAUGUGUGAUCUGUCAAAAAUUAUUUAACUCUGAAUCACAAGCUACACAGCAUUUUCAAAGUCCAAAACACAAUCAAAAACUAAAGAGUUUUAGAGACAGUAAAACAGGGAUUGCUUCAGCAUCAGGAGGGAAUGGAUCGCUGACACAGCAAGAACUUUGUACAGGUGGAACAACUCAUGCCAAUGGGGAUCCUAAAAAUGUAGAGAGAACUCCAUCACCAGCGAAUACUAAAACCACGGAAUUAUGCUGUGAGAUUUGUGGUUUAAUGAUGAACUCCAUGUUGCAAAUGGAAACUCAUCUCCUAGGAUCUAAGCACAAGAAUAAUAUUGCUAACAAUCAACUCAAAAACCAUCCUCAACUUGAUUUGCUCUGUGUGGAUUGUGGUACAACCUUUAAUUCACAAACACAGAUGAUUCAACACAUGAAGAGUCCAAAACAUAUGAACAAAAAGCAAAAGAAGCAGAUGAAUGGAAUGAUCACUGGUUGGUCAAGAGGCAAAGGACAAGGCCUAGAACAGGCCAGGGGGAGAGGAGGAGCAUUCAGAGCAGGACAUAGUCAGAGAGAAAGAGCAACAACCAAGCCUCCACCCCUCAAAUCAAGUUUUGUCAAAGCCAAUUCUGUAAAAAGUAACCAUGGCAACCAUUUCUUCAUCCCGAGGCAGUCACCAGCAAUCACUUUGGAUUUUUCUGGAGGUCCAUCUUUUCAGCAAUCCUUCUUUAACAAUUUAUGAUAAGAACAAACUUUUGUAAAUGAUAAAAAGAAUGGUUUCCAAGAUAUGAUACAAAAACUUUUAUCUGGUAAGCUAACAUGUUAGCUCAAAUAAAUAACAGUAGUGCAAGAUGCAGUUAUUUUAACCCUUUCCAUCCUAACGUCAAUAUGCAUAUUCUCCAUACUCUUCUCUAUACAUUUCCUAAGUUGUUGACAAAGAGGAUUAGUUGAACAAUUAAGAGCUUCUUUAGUUGGUGAUCAUUUCCUUUUUUCUUGUGACCUUAAUGUGUGAUUCAGGGGUGAUAUUGUAAGGAGAAAUUAGAUGGUAGUCAUUGUAGGGGUCAAGGAUUAAAGAGGCAAAACUCAAGUUGUGAGAAGAUUUGUCCUAAA